GGGAAGUGGGGAAGGUGGAGGGAAGGCAGAAGGACAGGGGCCAGGGCCCUGGGAGCACUAGAACAGCCUCCAGCUCAAGACAGCCACCGUGCCUCCACUCUGCCCGCACCCUGCCCUUUCCUGGGGACCUCCACCCCUCCCCUGACCCCUGCCUCAGGCUACCUGAUCUGGCUGGCUUUCCUCUAGACUCCAGCUUCUGGUCACUGGUUCCUCCUUCUCUCUCUCCAAGCCUCCAUCCCUCUUUUUUCUAGAUUCUCUUCCUCUGACUCCCUCCUUGCAGAACCUCUCUUUCAAACUUUAGUCCUUCCCCACUUUCCGACCUCUUCCCUUUGGAGGGCUGUGUGGUCCAGGCCUCGGGGGAGAUGCUGUGCGAAGCUUGGUUCCAGGUCUGGCUGUUUCUGCAACUCCUGUGGGCGGCUGCAGUGGAGGCUCCAGAGCCCGGGGCAGAGGUCCCAGUGGUGUGGGCCCAGGAGGGGGCUCCUGCCCAGCUCCCCUGCAGCCCCACAAUCCCCCUCCAGGAUCUCAGCCUUCCGCGAACAAGACAAGUCACUUGGCAGCAUGUACCAGAGAGUGGCUCCGCGGCGCCCACCCCCCGGGGUCCCGGGCCCCGCCGCUACACAGUGCUGAGGCUGGCCCCCGGAGGCCUGCGCAUUGGCAGGCCGCCCCUGCAGCCCCGCGUGCGGCUGGAAGAAAUGGGCCUCCAGCGCGGGGACUUCUCGCUGUGGUUGCGCCCGGCCCGACGCGCCGACGCCGGCGAGUACCACGCCGCCGUGCGCUUCGGGAACCGCGCCCUUGCCUGCAGCCUUCGUCUGCGCGUGGGCCAGGCGGCGGUGACGGCAAGCCCCCCAGGGCCUCUGUGGACCUCCAGUUGGGUCCUCUUGAACUGCUCCUUCAGCCGCCCUGACCUCCCAGCCUCCGUGCAUUGGUUCCGGGGCCCAGGCAGAGUCCCUGUUCAGGAGUCCCCCGAUCACCACUUAGUUGGAAACUUCCUCUUCCUGCCCCACGUCAGCUCCUUGGACUCUGGGACCUGGGGCUGCAGUCUCACCUACAGAGAUGGCUUCAAUGUCUCCAUCACGUACAACCUGGCUGUUCUGGACCUGGAGCCCCAAGUCCCUCUGACAGUGUACGCUGGAGCCGGUUCCAAGGUGGAGCUGCCCUGCCGCCUGCCUCUGGGUGUGGGGACCCAGUCUUCUCUCACCGCCACGUGGACCCCGCCCAGAGGAGGCCCCGACCUCCUGGUGGCUGGAGACCAGGGCAACUUUACCCUUCGACUAGAGGCUGUGGGUCAGGCCCAGGCCGGGACCUACACCUGCCGCGUCCACCUGCAGGGACGGCAGCUCAGUGCUACUGUUACUUUGGCAGUCAUCACAGUCACUCCCAAGCCCUACGGAUCAUCUGGCAGCCUGAGAAAACCCUUCUGUGAGGUGACUCCGGCAUCCGGACAAGAGCACUUUGUGUGGAGCCCCGUGGACGAGCGGUCUCAGAGGAGUUCCCCAGGCCCCUGGCUGCUGACACCGGACACCGGACGCCUCUCUCAGCCCUGGCAGUGCCGUCUGUACCAGGGGCAGAGGCUUCUUGGGACCGCGGUUUACCUCACCGAGCUGUCUCAUCCAGGUGCCCAGCGCUCCGAGAGAGCCCUGGGGGCGGGGAGAACAGGUCACCUCCCUCUCCUCAUCCUUGGUCUUCUCUUCCUGCUUCUGUUGGUGACUGGAGCCUUUAGCUUUCACCUUUGGAGAAGACGGUGGCGACCCAGAAGAUUCUCUGCCUUAGAGCAUGGGACUCACCCCUCUCAGGCUUCGAGCAAGACAGGGGAGCUGGAGCCAGAACCAGACCCGGAGGUAGAACCGGAACCGGAACCCGAGCCAGAGUCUCAGCCACAGCUGCAGCAGGAGCAACCCUGACCUGCAGCAGUCAGCCACCCGCAUCUCCGCAGCUCAAUCCAAAUAAACUCCCCGUCAGCAGCAA